AUGCGCCGAGGAGGAAGACAACGUCGAGAGGCUGAAGGCGAGGGACAUCAGGAAGCUGCACCGGAGGCUGGUCCGCAGCACCCGGGAUUUCUCGGAGGACCGAGCGAUACUUCUCUUUUUACUAGGUAUCAGGACCAUGUUGCCCGCCAUUUAUGGUUCGGCGAGGAGAGACGACCAAAGACAACCUUAAAGGUUGCUGCACAUGACAGUAAAUUAAUAGGAUGGAUUCUGCAUCAUCUCCCAAGGGCGAUGAAUGAUUGGUUAGUUGCCUCUGGCCUGUCAUCACUGUCGUGUACUAGUUUGGAGAGAGUAGAUACGCAUCUUAUAUCUGCUUUUGUUGAGAGAUGGCAUCCUGAAACAUCGUCAUUUCAUAUGUUGUUCGGCGAGAUGACCAUUACGCUAGAUGAUGUUUUGUGUCUUCUUCAUUUAUCUAUUCGGGGUGAGUUGGUUGACCCCGAUUAUGUUGUCACUGAUUAUGAUGCUAUUCAUCUGCUAUUGAGUUGUUUGGUGUUUCACUGA